CGCUGCCGCGCGGCCAAUCGCCGAGCGCUCUUUCAAAGGGCUCCCGGUGCGGCCCAAUGAGGAGAGCCCUCAUUUGCAUGCGGCGCGCGGCCAGGCGGCGGCAGGGCGGGAAUGCCGCGGCGCGCCGGGCGCGCCCCGCCCCGGGCUGCGGGAAGGUCGCUCCGAGCCGCCGCGUCCGGGGCUGCGCGGGGGCGGGGCGCCAGCAGCGCCGGGGCACGGUGGGCCGCGGCUCUGCGGAGCCCGCCUGGGGCUCCACCACCCCCGGCAUGGUGGUCGCAGCCCGCUCAUGUUGCCAGCCGGUGCUCCCCAGUGAGCACGCGGCGCACUCCCUCGCCCUCAGCGGCGAUUUCUCCUCCUCCCCCAGCGCUGCCCCCUCGCCUGGGCGCAGUUCGGCCCCGUGCCAGCGCGGGGGAACGCCGGCGCCUGCCCUCCGCGCCUGCCUCUGUCAGUCACCUCCCCUGUGCGGAAGCCCCGCGGGGCCGGUGCGGCGCGACGGCGGGCGCCGGAGUCCUGGCGGCGCAGCUCGGAGGAGCUGAGCGCUUCCCGCCCCGCCGAGGCGCCGCGCCUGGAGAGGGCGCGGAGCUGCUCCGGUGCCCGGCGCUGCUGCCGCCGCCCGCCCCGCAGGGGGCGCUGCAUCAACAGGAAUGGGGGCGCGUGCCGUCCCAGCGGGCUCGCGGGGUCCCUGUGCCCUGAGGCCGCGCCGGUCACCGCGCUCCGGGCUCCGCCGUGUGAGGCCCGCGGCUCCGGCCUUUUCUGAAGGGACACCGAGACAGGGGUGCCCAGGCGGAAGGAGAAGCCCGAUGACGUCCAGGGGAUCUUGCCGAGUGUCCGUCAGCAAAGCUGUGGGCGACUGCUUUAGAAAUUAAUGAGUGCGAUGCUGGCUGGGCAACAACAUCUUACUGGCUGCUCCAGCAGCUGCUUAGAGCCCAGCCCAGAUGCGCUGCCAGGGCUGGCGCUCAGGCCGGGAGCCCUCCGCCGCUUGCAGACAGCCCGGCCGUCCCUCCGCGGCCGGCACC